GGAGGCUAGAACAGUCAACGGAGAUUAAAAGUUGGGAACGCUAAGUGACUCACACUAAAUACGAAGAAGCUAUUCUCCUUCUGAAAAAUGUGAUUUUUUCCCCCCCCAUUUGUUUUUCAUAUUGUAUAAAUAACUUUUUUUGAUUGAGAAUGUAACUGAAGUACACAAGUCAGGUGAGUUUGUUAUGUUUCUGAUAGCAAGAAGAAAUGUUACUGGCUAGCGCUCGACUCAAGCUAACGGUAGCUAACGGUAGUUGGGAUGCCAGCACGGCAGUGUUACAGAGAAGACUCCCUGCUUUAUCGAUUAGUGCUAACUAGGCGGAUAUUUUUCGGGUGUAACGUUAGAGCUAGAAAUAGACGGUCCCGGUUGAUUGUAUAGUAGGUGAGGUGGCCUAAAAUCAAUAACAGCACAUUUACAUUUGUAGCUAACAGUUGUAAGAACAAUGUAACACAUGUUUACCAACUCUACACUGUAAUUUAACUAGGUAGUUAAGUUAGAUAUUUAACUUCAUGUUACUAAUACUUGCUAAAUUCUCUUCAACAUCUCUUAAUCUAUUUACACACAUAACAAACAUGAGAUAUGACAGAAAUAAGCUAAAUAACAUUGCCAGAAAAGUAGCUAGUCAAACAAACAAACGACACAACAUCUAGUGUUUUCGAGCCAACCUGGGACUUAGGAUCGGUCAGGACCACCCACAUGGGGGCUAACACCACCCUAGUGGCCUGUAGCAUACUCUAGGUAGAGUGUCACCGGUGACAAAGGACAGACGGGGCACCAGAACCUGUGGGAUGAUACGGAAGAGCAGCAGUGGUACUGGAGGAGGAGGAGGAGGAGAAGAAGGGAAUAAUACAAAACACCAACAGAACAAACAUCGCUCCAGCUUCACCACCCAGGGCCCGUGUCGUCUCUCCAACAUGGGCCGGAGCUACAGGACCACCAACCCUCUGGGGAGUAUGGAGCUUGGGUCCAACAGUUUGGGUCUGGGGUCCACCGUGGUAGGAGCGCCUGGGGUAGAUCCGGACUGUGUGCUGCAGCUGGUGAAUGACGUACGGAGGUUUUCAGAUAUGCUGCUCAGCCUUAAAGAAGCCUUCCAUUCUGAAGAAAGCCACGAGGGACUCCCUCAGCAGGUACAGGAGCGGUUGGUCUCCUCUCUUCCAGAAAGCCACGAGGGACUCCCUCAGCAGGUACAGGAGCGGUUGGUCUCCUCUCUUCCAGAAAGCCACGAGGGACUCCCUCAGCAGGUACAGGAGCGGUUGGUCUCCUCUCUUCCAGAAAGCCACGAGGGACUCCCUCAGCGAGUACAGGAGCGGUUGGUCUCCUCUCUUCCAGAAAGCCACGAGGGACUCCCUCAGCGAGUACAGGAGCGGUUGGUCUCCUCUCUUCCAGAAAGCCACGAGGGACUCCCUCAGCGAGUACAGGAGCGGUUGGUCUCCUCUCUUCCAGAAAGCCACGAGGGACUCCCUCAGCAGGUACAGGAGCGGUUGGUCUCCUCUCUUCCAGAAAGCCACGAGGGACUCCCUCAGCGAGUACAGGAGAGGUUGGUCUCCUCUCUUCCAGAAAGCCACGAGGGACUCCCUCAGCAGGUACAGGAGCGGUUGGUCUCCUCUCUUCCAGAAAGCCACGAGGGACUCCCUCAGCAGGUACAGGAGCGGUUGGUCUCCUCUCUUCCAGAAAGCCACGAGGGACUCCCUCAGCAGGUACAGGAGCGGUUGGUCUCCUCUCUUCCAGAAAGCCACGAGGGACUCCCUCAGCGAGUACAGGAGCGGUUGGUCUCCUCUCUUCCAGAAAGCCACGAGGGACUCCCUCAGCAGGUACAGGAGCGGUUGGUCUCCUCUCUUCCAGAAAGCCACGAGGGACUCCCUCAGCGAGUACAGGAGCGGUUGAGGGAGCUGCUCCGUGUUCUCAAGUCUGUCAUCGGCAAACACCAGACCCUCAACUCUGUAGACAUCCUCAGGGCUGCCGGCACCGUCAUCGCUAAGGUCAAAGGCGUUAACUUCAAGGAAGUGAACCAAGAAAACAAUACGGCUAUAUUUGGCGAGAUAUACACGUCCAUUGACAGUUUGGCAUUCACAUUUGGCAAUGUAGUGUCUGACUUCCUUAUGGGAGAUGUGGACAGCCAAUCAGGGUUGGGGAUCCCCCAGACCACGAGAAGCAGGUCUUUUGAGAACCUCUCUGUGGAUUCUGAGGGGUAUGUUCCAGAGAAGAAAGGCCUUGUGGGUAAGUGUCUCGCUUCCCUCCUUCCUCUUUCUCUUUCUUUUAUU